AUGCGGGAAUGCGGUUCCGGUGUCCCACUCUGGCUGGCAUGUCAAGGCCCACUGGGUUACGGAGGGCAGCGUGUCCUCCCGCACGUCGGAUGCACAGUCGCGUGCUGCUUUGUUGCCAAGGCCAUAGUGGCGACCUCAUCCAGUCUCAUGCUUAUUCGAGGUUUUCGAGAGCAACGGACAGCUAUCGUCCAAGGGCACGCGAGACUGUUCAGCCCUCAAAAGCAGCAGGUUGUUAGUUACUUCAGCAGCUUCAGCAGUUUACCACCGUUGUGCUCCUUGGCUGCGCAGCAUUGCCAAGGCCGAGACCGAAAAUGGAGAGUACUGCCUGUGACUCAAUUUGCUCUGCUGCAUGGUGAUCAGAACGAGGACGAGAUGACCCUGCAAGCAUGUGAUGUCCUUGCGUUUCCAAGUCUUGGUGGCAAAUGA